UCGCGCAGGGCCGAGAGAGAAAAAAAACAGAGAGAGCUCGCUCAUUCCCAUUCCCAUCCCCAUCCCCUCCCCUCCCCUCGUCGGAGCCGCGCCGCCGCCGCCCAUGUCAAAGACGCCGGGGAAGACGCCGCGGACACCCAGGCGGAUCCUGGAGUCCUACACCAUCAAGGGAUCCGACGGCGUCAUCCGCCCUGGGGACUCUGUGCUGAUGAAGGCGCCCGACACAUCAAAGCCUCCGUAUGUGGCCAAGAUUGAGGAAAUCGAGGCAGCAGGACCUCGGGGCGCAAAUGUCAAGGUUAAAGUGCGCUGGUACUACCGACCGGAGGAGUCCAUUGGUGGGCGCAGGCCAUUCCAUGGCGAGAAGGAGGUGUUCCUCUCUGACCACCAAGAUGUGCAGAGUGCUGAUACCAUAGAGUGCAAGUGCAACGUCUACAGCUUCCGGGACUACACCAAGCUUUCUGCUGUCAAUCCUGAGGACUAUUUUUGCCGCUUCGAGUACAAAUCAAUCACAGGCAGCUUUGUGCCUGACCGCAUAGCUGUGUUUUGUAAGUGUGAGAUGCCAUACAACCCUGACGAUCUUAUGAUCCAGUGUGAGGAAUGCUCUGAUUGGUUUCACCCUGCUUGUAUUGGAAAGACCAUCAAAGAAGCAAAGAAACUUGAGAAUUUUACAUGUGAAGGUUGUGUUGCUGAAAAUGGAAAUGGAAAUGGAGUCAAGAACGAAAAUUCCCAUGAAUCUACAGGCGAAUCAGACGAGAAGCAGGUGCAGUCGAAGCGGCGACGGCGGUGAAGGCCAAGGCGAUCUGGACGGGAGUCCUCCAUCUCUUCACGCAUGUGAUGCGGUGGAUGUACAUUGCUGUUUCCAGUUUGAUGUAGAACGAACCUGUAUUGAGAGUCUCUUCUAGAGUCUGGCAAUCGGCCAGUUUGCGACUUUGCAUAUCCAUGUGGACCUACCUGUUAGAUGGAGUCAUUUUUCUCUCUUCUUUUUUCCAUCCCCCUUGUGUUGACAUGGACAAUGGUGUGGUUGAACGUCCUUUCUUCAUUGACUAGAAAAGAGGAUUUCAACUUUUUUU